AUCAACAUCACGGGUUGCAGGCCAUUUUCCCAGUACGAAAACAGUGUCACGAGCUUGCCCGCAGUCUGGGUGAAGACCAGUUGAAAAGGCACACUGAUUGGGGCGUUCGAUACGUAGGCGGGGGUGUGAUACCAACCACCGGGAGGAGGACCAUCUUUGGCCAGCAAAGCAUCAGCAUCGACGAAAUGGAAGUCUCCAGGAGAAGGAUGAGGCACCUUGAACCCGCCAGACCCUUGCGCCGUCUCGUCGAGCAAGAGAAUCGUGCAGGCGACCUGGAUUGCACCUCAUUCGAUAACAUUGUAGUGGAGGAAUUUCUGGAUAUCCUUCAAAGCAGCAAGACCUUGGCCAGCAAGAAAGAAAGGAUUUCUUAUAGCAGAGAGUUUCUCCUGAGUGCCGCCGGGUCACCCAUGGCCAGAAGGCGGCCGGACUUCCUACCGGAGCACCCAGUGGUCCUGGAUCAAGCCCGGCGCCAAGAUCCAGUGCUCUGCAACCAAGCCUCUGCUGAAUACAGGAGAUGAAGAUGACUUGGGCCUUUGAUGUUUACUCCUAAAUCCUAAAGAAGAAACACUGGACUGUAAAUAACGUUUGUCGUAGUUCUUUUGUAGCUGUAGUUUCUUUUAUUUAUUUUGUGAGUUGCUGUGCUUUUUGUGUUUUGCUGUGAGUGCACGUUUGCUUCCCCUUUAAAACUCUAUAAAUGGUUUCUGCCUUA